AAGAUCCCGCUUUCCUCUUCCUCUCCAAAUCUCCAUUUCCCCCUUUCUUCUAAGCAAUUUCACAGCCCAGGGCUGUACAGGAAAGGUAGAUGCGAAGUUUGCAAUCCCACACCAACUCUUCCUCCAGAGCUCGUAGUCUGAGGACCCGACCACCGUGGAGAAGACAUUUUGUGUGUGUGAUUUUGGUAGAAUAUUAUUUGAAGACGGUGUCAUGGAAGUUCUGCGCCCACAGCUUAUAACAAUUGAUGGACGAAAUUACAGGAAGAACCCUAUCCAAGAGAAGAUUUACCAACAUGAAGAAGAUGAUGAGGAUUUCUAUCAAGACCCAAUGGAGUAUGCUGAUGAGCCUUGUGAUGCCUAUGAGGUGGAGCAGACCCCGCAAGGAUUCCGGUCUACCGUGAGUGCUCCCAACCUGCUCUACAAGCAUAUAGUUGGAAAGAGAGGGGACACUAGGAAGAAAAUAGAAAUGGAGACCAAAACUUCUAUUAGCAUUCCUAAGCCUGGACAAGAUGGGGAAAUUGUGAUCACUGGUCAGCAUCGAAAUGGUGUAAUUUCAGCCCGAACUCGGAUUGAUGUUCUUUUGGACACUUUUAGAAGAAAACAGCCCUUCACUCACUUUCUUGCAUUUUUCCUCAAUGAAACUGAAGUUCAAGAAGGAUUCCUGAAAUUCCAGGAAGAAGUGCUAGAAAAGUGCUGCAUGGAUCGUGGGGUUGAUAGCUCCAUUUUCCAGAAUCCCAAAAAACUUCACCUCACUAUUGGGAUGUUGGUGCUUUUGAGUGAGCAAGAGAUCCAGCAGACAUGUGAGAUGCUACAACGCUGUAAAGAGGAGUUUAUUAAUGACAUUUCUGGGGGCAAACCCUUGGAAGUAGAGAUGGCAGGUAUAGAGUACAUGAAUGAUGAUCCUGGUAUGGUGGAUGUUCUCUAUGCCAAAGUCCAUAUGAAAGAUGGCUCCAACAGGCUGCAGGAAUUAGUUGAUAGAGUGCUUGAACGCUUUCAGGCAUCUGGACUAAUAGUGAAAGAGUGGAAUAGUGUGAAACUGCAUGCUACAGUCAUGAAUACACUAUUCAGGAAAGACCCCAAUGUGAUGGAGCUUGAUCCCAGGGCUUCACAUGUGCUAGCUGAAGGCAGGUACAAUCUCUACACAGCAGAUGGCAAAUAUAUCUUCAAGGAAAGAGAAUCAUUUGAUGGCCGGAACAUUUUAAAGUUGUUUGAGAACUUCUACUUUGGUUCCCUAAAGCUCAAUUCCAUUCACAUCUCUCAGAGGUUCACAGUAGACAGCUUUGGAAACUAUGCCUCCUGUGGACAAAUUGACUUCUCCUGAGGUGGAUGUUGGAAAGCUGUGGAAACUGAACAUCUCAUGAGGGCAGCAACAAGGAAACAGCGAUAUCAGCAGACUGCGGAGUAUGUGGGAAGAAUGUCCGCAGCAGAGCAGCAGAGAGAGGAGUGCUCCCAGAUGGCUUUGCUAGCUGUCCCAUCAGUUCUCCCAGGUGCUCUGCUGGGGAGCUCCAGUCCUCCUCCCUCAUCAUAUUCUUUGUCCCUGUCCUCUCCUUCCUCCUUCCUUCAUUCCUUAAUCUUAUCUUGAUUCUUAUUUUCUGUUCUUUGAGUCUGCCUCUCAACCCUGUGUGUCAGGGUAGCUACGUUGUGAGGACUGCAUCUAAUCACAGUCGAGGAUUUAUCAUUUGUGAAUAAACGCAUUUGCCAA